AUGUCAAUUCAGGAGCAAUGUUUUCACCUGUUUCUAGAUGACAGUAUUACUAAAAUUUCUAAAAUGGAGACAUUUGUUAAGUCUCAGUUGCUUAAGAAAAAUGUAAAUUUUAAAAAGGAUUCUGAGAUAAAUCAUGAGCUCAGAAGAACUUUCAGAUUAUCAUUUUUCAGAAGCAAACUAAAUACAAUGGACCAUCAAUUGAUAUCUAUAAAUAAUUUGGUUAAAAAGAAAUUUUAUUCUGAGAUUCAUGUCAGUGGGAUUAUAAAUGUCAAAUAUUACAAAUUUUUUUUUAUUUUCAUGAACCAGUAG